ACAGCGUCACCGCUUCCCCCCUCAGUCUUCAGUUUCCACCAUCCUUGCCUUACUCUUCUCCAGAGGAACUGGGUUGCUUGGUCGUACAUAUUCUGCAUCUGCUACUCAAUUCCUGUGACGUACUGUUCUUGUCAAGUGAGCAAUCUCACUCCCCUCACAUAAGCUCCUGCAUGCUAGUAUGGCUUUCUUCUUCAAUCGCGGUCGGUCUCGGCAGCCAUCAGAAGUUGCUCGGUCGAUCAAGGAGGGGUUGAAUAGGCUGCGUGAUUCUCAAGCUCCAGCGGCAACAAAGGCCGAAGAUGACCUGUCUAAACAGCUCGGCCACAUGAAACUGAUGGUCCAAGGAACACAAGAGAUCGAAGUUUCUUCCGAACAAGUACAGGCACUCGUCCAAGCUACCCUGCAAGAAGAUCUACUUUACGACCUGGCCUGUCUCAUCGAUCGUCUUUCUUUCGAAGCCAGAAAAGAUGUGCAGACCAUUUUCUCCCAAAUUCUUCGCUUCAAAAACUCCGGCACGGGUCAAGGGGACCCCCCCGUCAUCUCCUACAUUGUCCACAACCGACCCGAGGUCAUCGUCGAGCUAUGCAAAGGCUACAAGUACUCUCACAGUGCAAUGCCAUGUGGGACGAUCUUGAGGGAAGCACUGAAAUACGACGUGGUGGCGGCAAUCAUCUUGUACGACCAGUCCGAGGAAGGAGAACCAGCUAUCAGGCUCAGUGAGGUCAAGCCCGGCACACCUCAGGACGGGAACGGCGUGUUUUGGAAGUUUUUCGAGUGGAUUGAUAGGGGUAGCUUUGAGCUGAGUGCCGACGCUUUCACAACUUUCAGGGAGAUUCUGACCCGGCACAAAAACCUAGUGACGGGCUACCUGGCUACCAACUUUGACAUCUUCUUCACCAAAUUCAACGACGUUCUUGUGCAAUCCGACUCGUACGUCACCAAGCGACAGAGCAUCAAGUUACUAGGUGAAAUCCUGCUAGACCGCGCCAACUACAACGUGAUGAUGGCCUACGUUGAGAGCGGCGAAAACCUCAAGCUAUGCAUGAAAUUGUUGCGAGACGAUCGGAAGAUGGUGCAAUAUGAAGGAUUCCAUGUGUUCAAGGUGUUUGUCGCGAACCCCAACAAAUCGGUGGCAGUACAACGGAUCCUCAUCAACAAUCGGGAUCGUCUCCUCAAGUUCCUCCCUCGAUUCCUGGAAGACCGGACGGAUGACGACCAAUUCACGGACGAAAAGAGUUUCCUGGUGCGCCAGAUCGAACUGCUGCCCAAAGAGCCAAUCGAACCGGGUCGUGGCACGCGCGAGCCAUCUCGGCCGGGUGUCAAUGCGGCCAUGGCCUAACCCUGGGAUCUGAGCAACAGUCUUAUUCGGGCUGAUUGUGAUACCGUCUCUCACGGUUCGUUUGAUUUUGGGUACGGCAUUGCAUUGAUGGCCAGCAGGUCUUGGUCACACAGGAGUUACGGCGUGCGUCCAUUUUAAAGCGGAGGAAAUACGGUGGCAUGCAUUCCCCGAUACACAGCGAUAACAUGGGGGGGAGUGAUAAGGACAUUACAACAGGCAGAAGCGGCAUAAGCUAAGGAGGAGUGAAGCUCAAAAGGGAAAAAAGGGAAGAAGGAAGAAAAGGACAAGAUCCUUGCAUUUACACUGGAUGUAGAUAGCCAC